UGACUCCCCGCAUUGCAGAACGGCGGUGUCCACCGUAGACAUGUUGUGCACCUUGCUCCUCCUGCCCGGCCUCCUGGUAGCGGCUUUGGCUGGCCCUGUGCUCAGGAAGGAAGACUGUGCCAAGGGCCCUGAGGUCUGGUGCCAUGAUUUGAAGACAGCAUCUGAGUGUGGGGCUCUCAAGCAUUGCCAACAGAAUGUAUGGAGCAAGCCGACUGUGAAAUCUUUCCCGUGUGAAGCAUGUAAGAAGGUGGUUUCAGUAGUUGAAAACUUUUUGAAAGAAAAUGGUUCAGAGACUGAAAUUGAGAAUUAUCUAGAGAAAGAGUGUGAGAUGCUUCCUCAGGAAGAUUGGGUUUCUAAGUGCAAGGAAAUCAUGGAGUCCUACCUGCCAAUCAUCAUCGAUGCACUUAAAGGGGAAAUGAGCAACCCCGAGGAGGUGUGCAGUGCCCUGUCCUUUUGCCGGUCCCUUCAGAAACAUCUGGCUACUCAGAGUCAGCAUCAGCAGGAACUGGAGUCUAACUCAAUCUCAGAAGUGGAUAUGUCCAAAGUGGUGGCUCCCCUCAUGUCCAAUAUCCCCCUCCUCCUCUACCCUCAGGGAGAGACCCAAAACAAGCCCCACCAGUCAGAGGUCAGCGAUGAUGGUGAUGUCUGCCAGGAUUGUCAGCAGUUAAUAACGGACCUUCAGAAAGCUGUAAAGGACAACACCACCUUCGUUCAGGACUUAGUGGAACAUUUCAAGGAAGAGUGUGAACUCCUUGGGCCUGGAGUAUCAGAGAUGUGCAAGAACUAUAUCAGUCAGUAUUCUGAUAUUGCUGUCCAGAUGUUGAUGCAUAUGCAGGAUCAGGGACCCAAGGAGAUCUGUAGUUACGCUGGCUUCUGUGAAAGGAAGCAGAGGCCUCUGGAAACCCUGGUUCCGGCUUCCAAGACUGCUGCCGAAGUGAUCCCUGCUGAAGUGAUCCCUGCUGAAGUGAUCCCUGCCGAAGUGAUCCCUGCCGAAGUGAUCCCUGCUGAAGUGAUCCCUGCUGUGGAGAUGGUGGAACCCAUCAAGGAGGACGUGGUUCAGGCCAAGGCUGGCCCCACUUGUGAGCUGUGCCAGUAUGUCAUCAAAGAGGUCAUCAAGUUGCUGGAGGGCAACAAGACUAAGGAAGACAUGAUUCACGCCGUAGAGAAGGUGUGCUCGGUCAUCCCCAAGUCCAUGGCCGAGGAGUGCCGAGACCUGGUGGAAGCCUACGGCCCGGCCAUCGUGGAUCUGCUCCUGGAUGAGACGAGCCCUCAUCUGGUGUGCAGCUUGCUUAGCCUUUGCAAGGACAAAGAGUCAGUGAACGUGGCCAAGCUCAAGAGUGGGGCCUUCUGCGAGCUCUGCAAAAAGAUCGACGGCUAUUUGGACAAGAACCUGGACAAGAACAGCACCCAGGCUAUGAUCCUCUCGGCCUUCCUGAAGGCGUGCGGCAUGUUACCCAAGCCAUACAGCGAUGAGUGUGAUGAGUUUGUGAAAGAGUACGAGCCUGUCCUGAUAGCGGCCUUGCAUGAUGAGCUGGAUCCCAAUUCUCUGUGUCUGAAAAUUGGAGCUUGCCCCAAAGCUGCUUCUAGGCCUCUGUUGGGAACAGAGCAAUGUGUCUGGGGCCCGAGCUACUGGUGUAAGAGCAUGGAGACAGCAGCUCAGUGCAACGCUGUUGAGCAUUGCAAGCGCCAUGUGUGGAACUAGAGAAGACCCUUCUCUCGGAAACAUUGCAGAUUCUUUCCUAUUUGUGUGUCUAGGGGAAGGGAACAUCCAGAUCUGAUUUUUUUUUUUUUUUGUUUUUAAAUGAGCCUGUGUCUUCUUCCUCCAUCCAUUGCCCCUUUGUACCAUUUGUCCGUCGUUGCCGUGAGUCUGUGAGGCACCCCCAACGUCGUUGCCACGCCCCCUUCUGCUAGAUGAAUGCCAUGCAUGCGUCGUGGGCUUGAGCCUGGGUUGGAUGGUGGAGAUGGAGGUUAGUGGGAGCCCGGGUUGGACAGGGAGGACAGGAGAAGCCCAACCCCACUCAGCAAACCACUAGGGAUGUGGCCCCCUCUGGGGCUUGAGCUUCUGGCCGGUGAGUUAGGUUUGGAACUGUCCUGGACUGAGGCUCUAGUCCCAUCCCCUUCGUGACUGCCUUCCUUGGGCAGAAGAGGCCUUGCUUGGUGUGUCCUCCAGGGCUGGUCUUCAGAGCCCCCUUGGCUUUCCCCAACCAGUUUUCUGAUAAUAUUGAGGAGCGCCGUCUCCUCACUAGAACUGCUUUUGGCUUAGAAGGAGAGAGGCGAGGCUUAUCUUUGCCCUAACUGGACUGAGGCAGUCCAGCUUUUAAUUUAGUUUCUCUGAACAAACUGCCCUUAGGCUUUGGCUUUCUCCUGUUUUCUCUUUUCUUUGGGGUACGCUUCUCCAGCCUUUGCUUUGAAGUGGAUUUGGGAUCUGGCUGUCACUGGGGAUGGGUGUCAGGGUGAGUGAGCUGUACUUGGAUGUAGCUGGCUGAGGGUGGGGGGAUUCCAGCAUUUCUUCUGAGCCCUGAGUUGUGUCAUGACCCCAGAGGGGCUUGCUCAGUCCUCCUGCUCCGGGGCAAUCACCUGUGUCUGGCGUGGUCUACAGUGGGGAGCACCCACAGUGCCCUUUGGGGAUGCUGCUGGAGCCCCUUUGUACAGGUUACCUUGCUUUUUUCUUGCUUCCCAGUAGAAAGGUGGCUGACCUCAAUGAGUGCAAGUUUCUCCCUUGUCACUGAAGGAAGUCCGGGCCUCAGUUUCUUUUCUUGUGCUAGCCCCUUCUGCUCUGUUCUAGGUGUUCAGGGAGGCAAGAUAUUACGUGGACUUAAAUAUUGAUGACUUUUGUUUUGUUCUCGUUUUGCCUUAAAGCUUUCUGUAAUUAACAAUAAAAGUUCCAGUAAACUAAA